AUGUCGGGCGCAGACAGACCCGAGCCCGCGGUCGAGACGACGCGAUCGCUGAAGCGCAAGAACCUCUCCCAGGAGGACCAGGAAGAGUUGGACGCCAUGGACAAGAUCUUCAAGCGCAUCAAGACGGCCGUACCGCCCACACCCUACAUUCUUUCCGCGCCAUCGAUGAACCCAUACCACUACCAUUCCCAGCAAGAGGCCAAUGCGUGGAUGUUGGGCCGCCUGUUCAAGCCAGACGAGGCGCAUCUGCAGUACCGCACCUAUGUCUACCGCGAGCCAUGCCAAGACUGCCUGGAGCUACAGGCCGGCGAAGACGAAGAACCAGAGCCCGAGCGCCCAGCGUCGCGCGCUUCCAACACCGGCGGCCCCGUCAAGAAGAAGCUGAACCUUGCCAACUUCAAGGUGAAGCCAGCAAACGGCACCUCUGCACUUGGCGCGAAGAAGGCAUCGCCGACUCUCAUACCAGCAAAUGCCAAACAAGAGCAGACGAAUGGCGUCAAGAGGCCUGACAAGCAGGACCAGAAGGCCGAGUCCAAGAUACAAAGGAAACACGGCGAGCACGCCAACGAAGCGCGCGACAAGGCCACGGCUGCGAGGACGAGCCACGCCGACUCUGGCCCCGCCAAACGACCUCGCUCACCCUCGCGCAAGACGGAUGCCGCCGAGUCCAAGGUCGACAUUGACAAGUCUGGUAGCUCCGACAGGACGCCUCACGGUCUCCCGCCCCUCCUAUCGCCUGUGCACAUUCCGUCCGGUAAUCCACAUGGCCUCCCAGACAUUCUUUCGCCUACCCUGCCCUCGAGCAUUCAGACCGAGCUGGAUAAGAUGGAGACACGGCGCAAGCGCGCAGAGUCUAGCGCAUCAUCCUCGUCUACAGAUCGCAAGAGCCAGACGCUUGCAGUGCCCGGAACCAAAGCGCUGAAACCCACCGAGACGGUCAAGACGGAGCCGAAGAUACGAACCGUCCAGGUCAAUGGCAAGUCGCCACGUGUCGAAGCUGCGAAAUCAAAAGAAGAUGGAAGAGUGAAGGAAGACACGACUUUGAAGGACAAUGCGAGACCGAAGGAAGAGACGAAACCAAAGGAAGAUGCGAAGCCACAGGAAGAUGUGAAGCCACAAGAAGACGCGAAGUCAAAGGAAGACGCCAGACCAAAGGAAGACGCCGAUCCGAGUCUUGUGGUAAAAUUCAAGUUUUCCAAAGCCAAGGUAUCAACGGUCACGCAACUUUUGAAAUUGGCACCCAAGAGGAACAAUGCCCAGAAGAAAGAGCGUCUAGACGUGAAGGAGCCUCUGACCAGCUCGCAGUCACAGACUGCCGACGAUGAGCCAAAGAAGAAGAAGCCAAUCCCCAAGGUUGCCGCGCGCCGGCCGGACAAUACUACACCCGUCUCGACGCCGACUAUCAAGUCCACAACCGCCAACCCACCUACCAAGGUCGCAGAGAAGCGUCCUCGCGCCGAAGACGAUGUGGGCUCAGCCGUACCUUCAAAGCGCCCAAGAGCGGCUUCGACGCAGGAUCGGCCGCACACACCCUUGCAGCAAGUCACCCACUCACCUUCGAAAUCGACAAAGUCGAGCGCGCAAAAGGGUCAACCGCAGUAUGCUACCCCAAAGAACAACCACAAGACUAUGAGCAUGCUCCGUACCGCGUCGACAGACAGUAACGACUCGACACCUGGACGCUCAGUCGCUACCCCAGCUGGUCUCAAACAAGAGGGCAAGGGCGGUCCUACAUCUGCUCCACUCAACGACAAGAAGCAGGCCGACUUUAACCUGUUGAACCAGACCUCGAUGAAGCUGAACCAAAUGGGACGCGCCCUUAAGCAUGAAGCGACCAAGAUUCUGAUGGCAGGCGGGGGAAAAGCUGUGCCAAAGCAAGAAGAGAAGCGCGCGGCCGUUACCAACAUGGAGUGCAUCCUCGCUCAUCGCUUGUCCGACCCCAUGAUUCCCCACAUGACCUCCCUCACUCGGACCUUGCAAAGCAGCACGCCACGCUCGCGGCCCAACUUUGCCAUGUUGUCGGACCACACGAACAAGAUGAACCAGCACUAUCAGGACGCUAGGAUCGCGCUACCUGCCGAGGACAUUCAGUCCAUGUACAAGAAAACUUUUGCCGGUCGCGAGGCGAAUGCAAAGCUAGCCAAAGAGCCGGAGAAGGUCAAUGGCGCGCGCAUGUCCGGACCGUACUUCUUGCCCAUUGCAAACGAUACGACGCCAAUUCAGGCCGUGCGCUUUGGACUCAAGUUCCUGGCUGAGUACUGCGAAAAGGAAAAGCUCGAGUACAACUUGCGCGUCAAUCUCGAUAAGGGCGAGUAA